CACACAUCAACCACACAGUAGUAGCAUAGGAAUGGCAUACUUGCUAACUUUUGGCAUCAUUGCCUCAUUAUUCCUCGCAAGCAUCUCACUGUAUCGAUAUGGCAACAUACAACGUCAGCACAUCUUAGUCACGAUCUCUGUUCUGACAGCAUGGUGUUUCUCAUUUCUUAUUGUUUUCACCAUACCUUUAGACGUUACCUCGACGCUGUACCGUCAAUGCCUGGCGGAGCAUUUGGUACCUAAAAAUGGCAGCAUAAAUAUAUCGACAUCAACACUUUCCACUGAACAAGAAUGCCAGGCGCCUUGGGGCAUGGUUCCCGAGACAGUGUUUCCCAAUCUAUGGCGCAUCAUAUACUGGAGCUCCCAGUUCCUCACCUGGUUGAUCAUGCCUCUAAUGCAAUCUUACCUAAAGGCCGGCGACUUCAACAUCAAGGGCAAGCUUAAAUCGGCGCUCAUCGAAAACGCCAUCUACUACGGGUCCUACUUAUUCAUUUGUGGUGUCCUGCUCAUUUACAUAGCCGCCAAAGGCGUCUCGCUUGACUGGCAAAAGCUAAAGGCAAUAGCCUCGUCGGCGUCUAACACAUGGGGCCUAUUUCUUCUCGUGCUGCUUCUUGGUUACGCGUUAGUGGAGGUGCCUCGCUCUCUCUGGAACAAUGCCAAGCCGGGCUACACACUGCAAUAUGCCUAUUUUAAGGCCGCCAAGCUGAGCACUGACAAGGCGGAAGCGGAGGAACAUGUGGACGAUGUACUUGAGUCGUUGCAAUGCAUCAGCCGCGCCGUGCCUAACAAUCACGAGCUACGACCGUGCGUAGAGACCAUUUUGCGCAAGGUGCCAAUCGAGCUACAGGAACGUGCUAGUCGAAAUUAUGCGCGUAGCGGUGGUAACGGCCUCGGGGGCACCAGCUCGACUAUCGUGCCUUCGGAAAAGGCGCUGGUUCGAAUACACAAGCAAGUCAUAAAGUCUUUGCAAACAUUGCAACGCACCGAAGCGCUGUGGAGCGUGCAGGUGGAAAAAGUUAUGCAUUUGGAGGAUGUAGCGCGUAAUAUCCACUCAGCGGAGCACCGCUUCAAAACCGAGUUUAGUCGUCAGCGUUCCCAGCUGGACCGUAUAUGCUACAGUCCCACGGUGCAAUGGUAUUGGGAGUGUCUGUUGAGGGCGCCUUUUCUUAAGACGCUAUGUGUUCUCAGCGCUGUUAUGUCGGCCAUGGUCGUUUGGAGUGAACUUACGUUCUUCAGCCGUCAUCCUGUCUUAUCCAUAUUCGCAAAUGUUAUUAAUGUGGCUAAGUCCAGCUACGACUUUUUUACCAUUGAGCUGUUCUCCAUGAUCGUGCUUUGCUAUUUCUUCUAUUGCACCUAUUCAACCAUUUUACGCAUACGGUUCCUCAACCUCUACUACCUGGCACCCCAUCAUCAGACGAACGAACACAGUCUGAUCUUCAGCGGUAUGCUUCUCUGUCGCCUAACGCCGCCUAUGUGCUUGAACUUUUUGGGUCUGAUACACAUGGAUUCGCACAUAAUACAAAAGCGGAUCAUGGAAACUUAUUAUACCCAAAUUAUGGGUCACAUGGACGUUAUUGGAAUCAUUGCUAAUGGCUUUAACAUUUACUUUCCCAUGUGUAUGCUUGCAUUCUGUUUGGCCACGUGGUUUAGUGUGGGAAGCCGUGCGUUGAACGCGCUGGGUUUUCAGCAGUUUUUACAGAAUGAGACCCUUGCUACGGAACUGGUCCAGGAGGGCAAGGAUCUUAUAGCGCGUGAAAAACGCAGACGCCAAAGAGCUGAAGAGGCCAUGGCCAGACGCCGUGAUUUUAGCCGUGGCGGUGACCCCUUGACCAAUGCCUCCAAAUAUCGCAGCUUGGGCGGCGCCCCCGUUGGUGUUGAUCAACUAUCUGGUAGUCGUACGCCAGCCGACGGAUUGCUGCGAGAUGGUGAGGGCUAUGAUUAUGCCGCUGUGGCUUCCUCCUCUGCCCUGGGCGUGCCACGCUCGCUUUCCGAGGAAAUUAACGAACGGUUUGGUGUAAGCACCCAUGUGCAAGUAGGCUUCAAAGGCACCACUAACGAGCAGCAGCCGCUCGAUGAGUACGAGCAUGAGAGCCGCAUUGUAGGACCUCCGCCGCGAGGACUUUUCGAUGAUGUUUAAGCUCAAAAUUAUUGUAUUAUUUAAUUGCGCUUGUAUAUUUUCAGUUAGCUAAUUAAUAUGUACACAUAUAUGUAUGUUUAAGGCUCUACUGUUCCUGUCACAAAUAUUCACUCAACCUAUGUCAACUUAAUUUCCUCUCAUUAGUUCGUAAAAUAUAUUUGCAGCUGCCCAGA